CUCUCUCUCUCUCUCUCUUUGUGUCUAAAUAUAUAUCUCUACAUAUUGAGUGAGUAGCGAAGAAUAUGGCUGCUAUGUGGAGCAAGCUGAAGAAAUCGUUAGGCCUGAAACUAUUUUCUCAACCGCCCCAAACCUCCGAAUCACCGGUCAUGCCUCAACGCCCUUCAGAUCUUUCAGCCGGCGAAAUUUCUGAAUCCAGUUCUCAAUCGAUGCCCUCUCGCUCCUCUUCUGCCCUCUCUCGCUUCUCCAGAAGCUUCAGCACCAAAUCUUCAAAG